UCUCCCGCCGUCGGGCAUUGACAGCAUCGGUUUUCCAAUAUUUUUUCCCUAGUUCUUAAUUUCUCUAAUUUCCUCUAUUAAUCGAUCUCUGCAAUUCGUCGUCUGGUACUUAACUCACUUCACUACCUCUAUUCAUUCUUUCUUUCGUUCUCUCUUCCCCUACGAUGAACAAGACGCGGCUUUGACAACUCUCUUCCGCCGCUGGUCAUUGACAGUUCUGCCAAUCCCGAAUCUAUCUUCUCCACUCUCUAAUACAUAUCUGUCGUUGAACGUGAACCCAAAACUCUGAACCUCUUUUGGGAAGUUAAUCGAUGGCAUCAGAUUCAAACGUUAAUGCAACCAGCAACACGCUCCAGUCCAUAUGUUACAAGCGCGGUUCCCUUCAGCAUCUUCAUCAGAUCGAUGAUACAGGGACCAAUUUUGCACAACUUGGAGAUACUGAUGACGAUCCAACAGAUUACAUUGACUUUAGUGAUGAGAUUGAAUACGACAUGCCUCAUGAAAUGGAAGAGCACAUACAAAAUGACUCAAUUAAUAGUAUGUCAAAUGUCAUUCCGUUGACACCGACAAAGAAUAUUGGUAUUUCAAUUGAGGUUGGAAUGGAAUUUUCUGAAAGGAAAGAUGUAAUAGACUUGUACAAAGCAUUUGGUAUGGGAAAAGGUUUUGGAAUUCGGGCACGACAAACCAAGAAGAAUUACAUGAAGCUAACGUGUGCUAGAGAGGGUCGUCCAGCACCGAAGACAAACAAUGUUGGUGAAGUUUGUGAAACCAAAUCAAGGAAUACAUCAUCAUCACGCAUAGGGUGUAAAGCUUGUCUCAAGGCUUCUAUGAAUGGAGACACAAACAUGUGGAAAGUUACAUAUUUUGACGACAAUCAUAAUCAUGGUUUGGUUACUCCGAAGAGUGUUCCAUAUAUAAGAUCAUAUAGACAAAUGCCUGAUGUUGCUAGAUCAUUAGUUGAAAAAUUCAAUGACUCGGGCUUGCCCACUGGAAAGGUGGCCACCAUCCUCAGAGGCCAUGAUAUAAUGUUUGACAGUCGAGAUUGUUAUAAUCAUAUGAAAAAUGUAAGGAGGAAAAUAUAUGACGCUGGGGAUGCACAAGCUGUGGUACGUUAUUGUAAUAGACAACAAUCAAUGAAUCCAAAUUUCUUUUAUUCGAUCAAGUACGACGAUGACGAUCGCAUGGAAAGCUUUUUUUGGAUUGAUGCGAGGUCUAGACACUCAUAUUACAACGUUGGCGUAAGGAAGGAAAUGAUGUGCUAAGUAAAGACAAAGAAAUGUGUUUUCCUAAUGGAGAUGGAUUGGUUCACAACCUUCACCUAAACUCUAAAUGUCAUACACUUAUUGAGCUUGCACAGAGGUCAGAUGAAGCAUUUAAAUUUAUUUCUGAUGGUCUUGAUGCUCUUGCUACAUCUGCAAAAAAAAUUCCAACAUUUGGGGAGAGUACAACUCUUGGGGAUAAUGACAUUAAUUCUCAACUCGAAGAGUCUUCUACAAUGAACUUGAAGGACCCCAACAUUUCCCAAACAAAAGGCCGAAAAAGGAUUCGUAGCGGGAUUGAAGAAGCAUCAAAGCAAACCAAUAUUUGCGGACAUUGCAAGAAACGAGGACAUAAUAAGCGCACCUGCAAAGAAUAAAUAAGCAUUCAUUAUAGAUAUUUUUUUGUGUAUUCAAUUAUUUACAGUUUCUGCUACUGUCAUGUUGUAGUUCUAUUUAAAAAGUAGAGUGGAAUGGAAAUAUUGUAAUUUUGUCUU